UUCACCGCUCUCAUAUUCAUCACCAUUUUUUUGGAGAGGAUCAUAAUCAUCACCUUGAAUAUCAAGCUUUUGGGGUAUUUAGUUUCAACCUCAAAUUAUCCUAGAAGGAAGAAAAUCAAUGGCUUCAUCCACAGCAGACCCAGAUCGCAUGAAACCCAAUUUGUGCUCAAACCCAUCUCGGAAAGUUCGAAUUGUAGCUAAAAUUCGGGGUUUUACGGAUCAAGAAUCUCAAUCUGUAAUUGGAAACCCGACACCUUGGAUUUGUGUGCACAAACCCAAGGAAGGUGCUUUAUCUGAAAAGGUUACCAUCUCCUUUGGAGAACAACCAACGAGUCGUAAAGAUGCUAGUGAAGUGGAUUAUUGCUAUGAACAAAACGAGGAUAUUGGCGUCAUAUUUUCAAGAGAGAUAAAGCCUCUGGUUUCAGAGGUUUUUGAUGGUCUUAACGCAACCAUUAUUGCCUAUGGAGCUAGAGGCAGUGGAAAAACCUAUACAGUUAAGGGUUCUGAAGAGAAACCUGGUUUGGCUGUGCUAGCAAUGGCUGAAAUCAUCUCAAUGGCAAAGGAAUUUGGGAAGUCAGUUGGUGUGUCUUUAUAUGAGGUGUUUCAGGACCAUGUUUAUGAUAUCUUGGAUCCUAAACAUCCCGAGGUUCAAGUAUUGGAUGAUGCUCAAGGCAAAGUUAAUCUUAGAGGGCUUUCUCAGGUCUCCGUGAAAUCCAUCUCAGAAUUUCAAGAGAUGUACUUUAAUGGAUGUAAUUCUUAUAAACCAGCACAAAAAAUAGCGCUCGAGCUGCCACAAAAGAGCCACAAGGGUUUGAUAAUAUAUGUGUCCUCUUGCAAUGAAAAUUUUACUAAGAUGAGCAAGAUGAAUUUUGUUGAUCUAGCAGGGUACGAGGAUGUCAGAAGAAGUAGUAGUGAUGGCAGUUAUUUUGUUGAGAGUAGUAGAAUCAAUAAGUCUCUCUAUGCCUUACUGAAUGUUGUUUAUGCCAUCAAUGCCAAUGAGAGUCGUGUGCCAUAUCGUGAAAGUAAAUUGACUCGCAUGCUGCAAGAUUCCUUAGGGAAAAAUCACGUACUGAUGCUCACUUGUUUGAAUCCAUCUUUUUGCCGAGACACUCUAUAUGCAGUUAGUUCAGCUUCUCGGUCGUGUCAAGGCAUCAACCGAGUAAUGACAGACUCCUCAAAGAAAGUUAGAGGUUCAACCAAGCAAAUGGUGGUUUCAUCCUUGAAAAAUGGGAAACCUUCUACUGUUUCCACUGCUGUGAAAAAACAAUCUGUGUCCCGAGCACAUUUCUCUGAAAAGAAAGCAAGCUGCAUGGUGAAGGGAAGGAAACUCUUUGAUGAAGGAAAUUUGAGCAGUUCUAAACAGGCUAAGUCCCAUUCAGAUGAUGCUUCAACUAUGCAGUCAAUGUUUCUGACAGAAAUUGAUUCAGCCAUUGUACCUUCCUUACGGGAAGAGGAAUCAGCCAAAUCAGAUAUGCUUUUGGCACCAGUACCCAAGGACAAGGAAUUGUCGGGAUCGGAUAUGCUUUUGGCACGAUUACCCAAGGACGAGGAUGUUUCGCCGCAAAGUAUGAGCAAUCAUUUAGAAGCUACCGCAGCUAUUAAUAGUGAUGCCAAAGCAUUGACUAUUUUUGAAGAUUGUUAUGACCUAGAAAAAGAGAACACAAGUUUGCUCAUAAAUGAAGGUCGAUCACCACCAUUGAGUGCUAGACUACGAGAAAUAUCAAACAACUUGAGGUCUUUAUAUUCUUCAACUCCUCUAUGCAAAAAGAUACAAAUGGAAGUUGAUACUCCGUCCAGGGGUCAAGUAGUCUCUUAUGAUAUUGUCGAACCAAAAACCCCAACUAUGGAUCAUGAUGCAAGAAUAUAUGAUAAAUUGGAGGUUGCAAAAUUUAAUAGCCCUUGGGAAACGCUCAAUAAUCGAAGUUCGGGAAUAAAGCAUUCUCUUGUUAAAGAAUAUCUGAAGUUUUUAAAUACUGCUAGCAAGGAAGAAUUGAAAGGAUUAAGGGGUAUUGGGGAGAAAAGAGCCACCUACAUUCUUGAACUUCGUCAAGAAUCUCCUGAACCCUUCAAGAAUCUUGAUGAUUUGCAGGGUAUCGGUCUUUCAGGAAAACAGAUCAAAGGCAUGAUGAAAAAAGUAGCCGGAGAGUUGCUCAGUUGA